AUGGACAACUCAACAGAGUCCAUAUCUGGGCUCGGCUUCUUCAACUUGGGCAAUGGCCUGAUUGAGAUCGCAGCCUUGACGUCCUUGAUCGGUUCAACCGCCGCAGAAUCAUUGGCACUCGGCGACAAAGGACCUGCGGGUCUUGUAUGGGCCACGAUGACCAUAUUCGGAGUAAUGUCAAUUGUCACUCUAUUCACUGCAACCGCGACGCCUGGAUGGCUGCGCGACAGUGUUGGUGUUCGAGGCGCGAAGUCUGAUGCAGUUGUUGGUUUAUCUCUUGACUUGAGCAAGAGCUUCAAGUAUCGAGGUCGUGGCGAGGCUGCAAACGCACUCGAACGACGAGAGGUGUAUGUCUUUGAUCAACGCACAGCCAAUAUCUUAAAUGCAAUAUCUCCAAGCAUACCCGGGGAAGACUUGCAGAUUUAUUCAUUCAUCCAAGACCCUUGGCGCCAGAAAACUGCCUCAUAUCAUUCUCGGCUAGACUGGAUAUUACUCGGUCUUUCAGGGGCAGCGAAGCUCAUAGAAUCCUUUGUGCUAUGGAGAUAUGGCGCCCUUAUGCUAGCGUUGGUCACUAUUCUAAGUUGGCUCUUCUUUUUCUCUGCGGCUCUGACGUUACAACUCUAUGAUCUGCGAAGGCAUGCCCCAAUAUCAAAAAUUGACAUAGUCACGGGCUCUCUACCGACCUGUUCUACGGUAGGGGGAACCCGCAAGAUACUUCUUGGGGUCACAAAAAGUACCCGACAGCAUGUGCUCUGGAAGACCAUUUGGGGACUUGGUGGUAUAGUGGGUGUGAUUACGGUGAUAGCGACCUAUUUAGUCUUGGCUCACCCUACAAGCACGAAUGUCUUCUUUAUAUGGACUGGAUUCCAACUUCUGUGGCUUGCGUUAAGAUCUACCCUCUUCUACUUGCUGAGCGAUCGAGAAAAGCAGGAUCACGUGGGCUUAGAAUACAAGCCUUGGCCAAAGGUCGGCCCACAAGAGAGAGCCAGAGUGUGUCGUCUCGUCUUCGCACUCUCCAAAUACCAACAGCAUUUGCACCCUCGCGGCCUACUAAGUUAUACCGAAGACAUGGAGUCAUCAGUUGAAGGCCUUCACAAUGUACGGUCGGAGUAUCCUCUAUCCUCAAACGAGGAAAUCGUUUCAAUCUCAGUCCACGGCGUAAUAGGAGAUACGUUACUUGCUAGCACGUCGUGGGUCUUUGGCUCGAAGCGAGGUGGACAUGAUUUCUACGAUACCUGUAUCAUCAUCCUCAACACGCCCGAUGGAACGAUAGCUAUACCUGCCGCACGUGCGCUUCCUUCCAAACCACCCCAAGAGACACUCGACUUUGAACUAGGUGUUCAAACUACUCAUCUACCACGCGGUGGUUUGCUGCCGCUAGGCAGCCGGGGCAAUUUCUUAAACAUCGGCAUUGACGUUCAGUGGUGCUAUUGGAUUCCAUGUUCUGAGGGGCGUUGGUUGUUCUUCAUGACCGAGCAAACAAAAGUCAAAGGGACCAGAAACGCUUCGGUUUUAUCAGAUCAGCAGAUGACGGACAAGUUGGAAAGGGGGAAAAUAUUCAUUAGUCUGAAGCAUGUUGGUGAGGUCAAGGAGAUUGUGGAAAACUCCACUUUGGCGUGUGGAUUCCUUCUAGAGCUCUUGAAAUAAUCUCUAAGAGGGAUCUCUCUUUAAUAUUGUGACGAGUGGAGGCCUGUUGGGGACAGAGGCUUUCCGAAUAGCCCCGAGGGUCAAACGCGUUAUUUUGAGAGUAAAACCAAGGGUUUCCAACUCUGCAGCUUUUGAGUGAUCGCCGCCCGUUUCGUGCUGACGGGCAGCCUCAGCCGGAUAUAGCAACGAAUGGUCAUUUGGGAUCUUUC